AAGAGCAAAUAGGAUGAACUUGUCGUGUUACCUGCUUAAAGGCGCCGCCGGCCGAGUGUGAACAACUCAACCUGCACACGGGAUACGUGAACGGUAGCAGUUUCUUUCUACUGGAAAGUUUAAAAAGGAGGAAAUACUCGACAGAGGAUGAGGCAGAAUUAGAAGAUUAAUGAGGAGAAGAGUCUUUGAAUGUAAAGCGGGCGAUCAGAAAGCGGAUUAGACCCCAUAGCGAGGAAUCAGAGCGUGUGUUGUUGUCAAAGAUGCGGAAACAACAUCAGAAGCAGCAACAAUCCGGAUUUUGAGCCAUCGGGAUAUUUACACGCGUUUGGAGCAGCAUGCCUUGGAUCAGGAGAAGGAUGAAAUUGCUCCAACUUGGAGAGACAUCCCAAACACCCUGAAGUUUUCUGGCUGCUGGGACCAUCUUAUGUGCUAUGCAUCGGCUGAUUUUUACACCAUUCCGCGGAACUAACGGGUUUGGUUGGACCUGAGUCAUCAUGUCAAAAGUCAUUCAGAAGAAGAACCACUGGAUUACCAAAGUGAACGAGUGCGCCGUUAUCCGGGACGCGUGCGGGGAGCUGAACGUGGAGCUGCGCGGAGGAGCGGAGAAUGGAGAGUUUCCAUACAUCGGGCAACUUAGAGAGGAUGCUGUGGUAUACCAGGAUGGUAAACUCUCCGAGGGGGAGCUGCUCCUGGAGGUCGAGGGGCUGCCUGUGUCUGGAUUACCACUUUAUGACAUUUUAACUGUGAUUAAGUGCUGCAAAGAUCCCCUCAGGUUGAGAACUGUGCGUCAAGGUCACAAGCUCAACAAGGACCUGAAGCACUACCUGAGCUUGAGGUUUCAAAAGUCUUCACCAGACCAUGAGCUGCAGAAGAUCAUCCGAGCCAAUCUGUAUCGCCAUGCUGUGCCUUGUACAACCCGCCCCCCUCGAGAAGGAGAGGUCCCAGGGGUGGACUACAACUUCCUGUCUGUGGAGGACUUCCUAGAACUUGAGGAGAGUGGCACACUACUGGAAAUAGGAACGUAUGAAGGUAACUAUUAUGGGACCCCCAAGCCGCCAAGGCAGCCCAUCAUUGGGACAGUGAUUCUCAGUGAUGCAGGCUCCCAGCAGUCCACCCCAAAGCGCACCAAGUCCUACAAUGACAUGCAAAACGCCCGAAUAGUGCCUGCUGACGACGACGAUGACGACCAGGCCACGGAAAUGAACAACAGUUUUACAGGAUCCUUAGUGCGUAGUCUCUUCCCCUCUCCUUUGUUGUGCACAGGUAACCCUAACGACCAGGACGAGAGCCGCGGCGGCAUCCUCCGGCCGUACCCCGCACGUGACAAUGCUCCAUCCUGUGGUCUGAACAAUGCAGCCACCUCCACCGCAGACAGCGGGCAGCAGACCCUCGCUGAACCGCAGGUCUCUCCAGAAGACCCGCUGGGACCGCUUCCUGAAAACUGGGAGAUGGCCUACACCGAGAACGGAGAACUUUACUUCAUAGACACGGCAAAGGCACACCACCAGGACAUGGCUGUGUAUUUUCAGAGCUUCCACAACACAAAGACCACAUCAUGGCUGGAUCCUCGGUGUAGAGACAAAGCCUCCAGGCCUCUGGAAGAGUGUGACGAUGAUGAAGAAGGGAUACAUACGGAGGACCUGGAGAGUGAUUUAGAGCUGCCUCCAGGAUGGGAAAGAAUAGAUGACCCAGUGUACGGGGUGUAUUAUGUAGAUCACAUAAACAGAAAGACACAGUAUGAGAACCCAGUGAUGGAGGCGCGGCGUCGGAAAAUCCUGGAGCAGCAGCAGCAGCCGCAGCCUCCAGAAGGUGAGCGGUAUAUUCGAGAGUGGAUAGAGGAGCACUCCUCAGCAGCGGCUCCUUUGGCAAACUACGCUCCAAACCACCUGGAGACCUACAGGGACCCACAGGUCCCACCAACUCUACCUCCCGGCCCUGCAGGAGUCAAACGAGGGAAGCCUUUCUUCACAAGAAACCCAGCAGAGCUGAAAGGAACCUUCAUCAACACAAAGCUGAAGAAGAGUCGUCGUGGCUUCGGCUUCACUGUGGUUGGAGGUGACGAGCCAGAUGAGUUUCUACAGAUCAAAAGUCUGGUGCUGGAUGGUCCUGCAGCUGUAGAUGGCAAGAUGGAGACAGGUGAUGUGAUAGUCAGUGUGAAUGACACCAUUGUGCUGGGCUACACCCACGCCCAGGUGGUGAAGAUCUUCCAAUCCAUCCCCAUCGGCUCCAUGGUGGACCUGGCCUUAUGCCGUGGCUAUCCGCUGCCCUUUGACCCCGACGACCCCAACACCAGCCUGGUGACCUCAGUGGCGAUCUUGGACAAGGAGCCCAUCAUCGUCAAUGGACAGGAGACGUUCGACUCUCCCUCCAACCAGGCCGGACCCGUCAAUGGCAUGAGGGAGCCGCGGCCGCACAGCCCCUCAGCCGAGGUGGCGUCUAAUGGUUCGCAUGGCUACUCCAGCGAUGUGGUCACCCUGGCCUCGUCCAUAGCCACCCAGCCCGAGUUGAUCACCAUCCACAUGGAGAAGGGAGACAAAGGGUUCGGCUUCACCAUCGCCGACAGCCUGACAGGAGGAGGGCAGAGGGUCAAGCAGAUAGUGGACUAUCCACGCUGCCGUGGCCUAAAGGAGGGGGACAUUCUGAUGGAGGUCAACAAGAGGAAUGUCCAAAAUAUGAGCCACAACCAGGUGGUAGACCUGCUGAGCAAAUGUCCCAGAGGCAGCGAGGUCACCAUGCUGGUGCAAAGAGGAGUGGUGCCAGCCAAGAGGAGUCCAAAGCUGGUGCACCAGUUAGAGAGGAAAGACAGCCAGAGCAGCUCCCAGCACAGCGUGUGCAGCCAUCGCAGCACCCACACCGAUUCUCCCAGCCACCCACCCUCUGCCAUGCCCAGUGAGGCUGUGGCUCCCACUCCUGCUGCCCCCACCCAGCCUCUGCCAGGCCUGCCCCCUCAGGACCCCGCAGAUGGCACCCUCACCCUCCAGAAGAAGCCAGACCCCUUUAAGAUCUGGGCUCAGUCCAGGAGCAUGUACGAGAGCCGACUGCCAGAUUGCCAGGAGCAGGACAUUUUCCUUUGGCGGAAAGAUACGGGCUUCGGCUUUCGCAUCCUAGGAGGAAAUGAGCCUGGGGAGCCUAUCUACAUAGGGCACAUAGUGAAGUACGGGGCAGCAGAUGAAGAUGGCCGCCUGCGGUCGGGCGAUGAACUCAUCUGUGUGGAUGGCACGGCAGUGGUGGGCAAGUCUCACCAGCUGGUGGUGCAGCUGAUGCAGCAGGCCGCCAAACAGGGCCAUGUCAACCUCACUGUCAGACGCAAGACCCCCGGAUACGGAGUGUCAAAAGGAGAAGGUGAUGUUCCUCCAUCGCCAGCCUCCUCCCACCACAGCAGCACCCAGGCACCUAGUCUGACAGAAGGCAAGCGGACCCCCCAGGGGAGUCAGAACUCACUCAACACCGUCAGCUCUGGCAGCGGAUCCACCAGUGGCAUUGGCAGCGGCGGCGGAGGCGGCAGCGGGAGUGCUGUGGUGCCCGCCUCCCUGCAGCCAUACGACGUGGAGAUCCAGCGUGGAGAGAACGAGGGCUUCGGUUUCGUAAUCGUGUCAUCUGUUUCCAGGCCUGAUGCCGGCACCACCUUUGCUGGAAAUGCUUGUGUGGCCAUGCCCCACAAAAUAGGACGUAUCAUCGAGGGCAGCCCAGCGGACCGCUGCGGGAAGCUGAAAGUCGGGGACAGAAUAUUGGCUGUCAACGGCUGCUCCAUCACAAACAAGUCACACUCUGACAUCGUCAACCUGAUCAAGGAGGCCGGGAACACAGUCUCGCUCAGGAUAAUCCCGGGUGAUGAAUCUUCCAAUGCUUCUCUACUGACCAAUGCUGAGAAGAUAGCUACCAUCACUACCACACACACACCUCAACAGUCCACAGAGUUACGGAAUAACUCAAAGUCAAAAGGGGCUCCUCCUCCUCCGCCCAUACAAACUCAGACAACACAGGAUGCUGAGUUCUACUCUGUGGACCUCGAGCGGGACAGUAAAGGUUUUGGCUUUAGUCUGAGAGGAGGACGGGAGUAUAACAUGGACCUGUACGUUUUGAGACUAGCAGAGGAUGGUGCUGCUGUCAGAAAUGGCAAGAUGAGGGUGGGAGAUGAGAUCCUGGAGAUAAACGGUGAGAGCACAAAGAACAUGAAGCAUUCACGUGCCAUUGAACUGAUCAAGAAUGGUGGUAGGAGGGCGCGCCUUGUCCUCAAACGUGGAGAUGGAUCUGUACCUGAAUAUGACGGCAGCAGUGACGGGCACCCUCCCACACCCGGGGCACAAAACACUCCGGAAGUGAGAACGCUGCCACCCAACAGCCGAUAUCACACCUCAUUGGAGUCCAGUUAUCCACCAGACCUUCACAAACCAUCACGCCAGGAGGAGGCUGCGCGUGGCCAAGACAGGGACAAGAACAGGGACAGGGCUGGGUCAGAUCAGAUGGACUACCAAGGCCGGCAAUUUAACCCCCACCAUCAUCACACCUGGAAUAACAAUCACAGUCAAAGUACCCCCAGACAGCAGUCUCCAGACAACAGUAACAGCGGUAGCAGUGGCAACAAGAAGAGCCGAGGCCGCAAAGUCAAGAAGUCUGAGUCGGAGAGCGGCAUCUCUAAACUCCUAAAGACUCUGAGGAAAGACAGCUCGGGGAAGAAGGCUGCAGCUGCUGAGAAACUGAGGGGGCGAGAGCUCUCGAGCAGCAGUUCUACUUUGGACGGGAGGUUUCGUCUGCAGCGCCGCGGCUCCCUUGACCGUUCACCAACCCGAAAGCGCGCCUCAUCUCCUGAUCGCCGGCGGGCCAAGUCGAUGGACCGCAGGGCAGAGCGAGCACAUCGGGACCGCACACCUGAGAGGGAGUACGAUGACGGAGGGUUCCUCGCAGUCACUCCUGAACGCAAGUUCUAUGAGCGGAGGCUCCUCAAGGACUCGCAGAUGGUUGGGCGAGUUAGGGAGGCCACAACCCCCGAGCGCUCCAACAACAACGGGGAUUCGUUGUCUCUUUCCAGGGGCCGUACAUAUGAUAGAGCCACGAAGAACGGCAACCUCCUGAGAGACUCAUCCUCAGAGAGGAGGGAGGAGAGAUAUCGGAUGAAUGGGACACCGGAGAGACGAUACCGAGUGGAGCGGGACUCUUCCCCUGACAGCACCUACAGCCGGGACGAGCUGAACUAUGCAGCAGCACCCAGAUUGAAGGACUACUACAGCAUGAUGAAGAACAACGCUGCACACAACAAUGCUGCCUACAACAACACAGGCCAUAACAAUAACGCAGUUGGCCGCAGCCCAAACCAGCUCCCUGAGCCCAAGAGAAGGCUGUACAAAGAAAGCCCCAAAGACCUCAGCAUCUAGAGCAGAGCAGAGAUCCCCCUCGCCACUCUCUCCUCUAUCUGUGCAAACUAUGUACCAUACACUGGAAUUGGACUUCUGAGGAUACUAACUCUUGUGCUUUAUUUGGUCAACUGGUUUAUUGAUUGAUUUGAUUGACUUAACUACUUGUGAUCCCAUCCAGAGAUUCAUAAAACAGCAGGAGUACAAUCCUUCUAUCAGUUCAUACUGGUUGUUUUGUCAUUGUUAUAGUUAUUUUGAACAUAACAGAGGUUGUUGUACAAUAGUAAAGGUAUUGUAUGUGCCUGCAUAUGAAAUCAGUGAUAUUGCUUUUUGUAGGCAUUGCUGAAUCUAAAUAUUUGUUCCCUCAGAGGUAUGAAACAUGCUUCCAGUUGUGGUAACUUCUACUAAGCUUGUUUUCAACCUGUUUUUAGAUGUCUGUUCCAUUCCUGAAUUGCUUUACUGAACAAACUAUAGCACAAGAUACUGAUGGUUCACAAGAACUGUGAGAAUCACGCUGGACUUAAGGCAAAAAUCUAAAUUUAAGAUCUGAUGGUAAAACUAGAGUGAUCAUUAUAUAAAUAAUAUAUGACUUUUUUGCUAUUUAUUUUUAAUUUGGCACAUAUCUUGAGCAAGCUUCAUUACACCUUUAAGGACCAAGGUAGAAGUGCACACUGUACCUGGGAAAGCAUGCUGUACCCUUACUUGUGUUGCAUCCAUGAAAUGUGUGGCAGCUCACCGGCCUUUACUUAAGUACACCCACACACUUCUGAAAUUAAGAAAAGAAAUCAAACAACUGAUGUGAAAAUUGGCAAUGGUGUUAUUAGUUUGAAGUAGGAUUCUAAAAAUAACUUAAAUAUUCCAGCCCUUUGUUCCUUAGUGUGUGCUGAUGUAGCAGCAAAGGAACCUGACUCACUUUCAACAACAGGCAAAACUGUUCUGGUUGAUUCUCUGCUGCGGGAAAAUGGGAGUUGUCUAAAUUUGUUGCUCAUAUAAAUUUCAACUAAGAUGAGUCUGCAUUAUGCCACAACACCAGCUUGAAGCUGCCAUAAAAUUUUUCAGAUAUGCCAAAAAAAAAAGAAAGAAAAAGUUUAAAACAAACAAAUGUGUAAGUUAUCCCUGUGCAAGAUGCAUGUGUAAAUUAAAGUGUAGUUUCACCACUUUAUCCGAUAGGUCUGAGUGAGAAUAAUCAAUAAGGAACAUGCACUGUAAUCCCACAAUAAUUGUUAGCCCUGUCCUCAUGUUGACGAUUUGUGCACCGACCACCUCCUGGGUCCUAACACAAAGAGCUGGUGUGGUUUGUUGUGUUGGUAACAUAUGGAGAGUCCUGGUACAGGAGACGACCAAUCUGCCAUGCUGAGCCAUGCUGUCACGCCACUGGAGUCUGACUGCUGCUUUAUAAUGUGUUUUGUGUGUAUUCUCUGUUUUAUGUUUCAUUAAAGAACUAAAAAUAUAUUGGAUAAACCACAACAAAUGCAUUGUUUGAUCACUGUUGUCGCCAUGGUACUGUAUUUAACAAAAAAGAAGAAAAAAAAAGAAACACAUUUAAGAAGUUAACCUGUUGGCCAUCACCUGUAAAGAAUUUUUCCAAUGUAACUAUUAGGAACCCGUCAAGGAAUAAAAUGUUGCCUUUUUCUUGUACAAAAGAGAAAUUUAUGAAAAACCUCAGCAGUGAGGAAUGUGAUAUUGUGUUUAUAUCUCUGAAAUGGACCUGAUGAUUUAUGGGAAAUAUGUUGAUUUACUCUGGAUCAGGUAUGUAAAGACAUUUUAAAAUGAAAGACUGUAUUUGGUCAAUCAGAAACUGUUUGAUGGUUUGAAUCUCUCUCGAUGGUUAGCCUGCCUUUGUAUUAUAAAGCACUUGUAUGCAGUCUGUGUUCUUCAAGCAUUAUUUCUUGCAAUGUGCUCUGGACAUAAUGCUGUCUCUGUGUUGAUAAAAGCAGUACAUGUAUAUGGGCCAAUCUUUUUUUAUAAAACUAUGCAUAUAUAAAUACUACAUUGUUCAUAGCUUUAUUUGACCCAUGAAGCUAUACAUAACAUUAGUCUAAGUACAAGUAGAUGUGGACUUAUCCAGCUUCUUUCCUUGAGAUGGAUUACAAUGUAUAUGUAGCUAUCAAAAGAAGUCUGUGAAUGCUAUUUUUAUUAUCAAAUAAAGUUUUCCAUACAAAUUCAAAA